AUGACAUUUCCAAAUUUAUUUGCUCAUAUCGAUGGUAUUGAAGCAGUACUUGUACUUGAUAAAGAUGGUACACCAAUAUUAAAACUGCCGUCGGCGGAAGUUGUCGAUCGGCUUGAUCUACGAACAGUUGUGCCAUCGGCACAAACAUUACAAGAUCAAAGUUCACGAAUGCAUUUAAAAAAAUUAAAAACUGUUGUUACAUAUUGGGCAACACGUCAAAUAAUAACAUAUAAUGUUCCUCCUUUGGUUUUUAUUGUUGCUGCCGACACUAAUGUUAAUACAGGUGCAUUAGUUAAUUUAUAUAAUGAUUUGCAAAAAGUUGCAAUAGAAGAUUUAGUUAAUAAAUCUUAG